GUGACCUAUCCCAGUGCAACAGCCAUCUACUUCGUUCGAAGCCAAUACCUUACCUCAACAUGUCCAGCGCACAAAACAAAAAAGCAAUCGAUUUGCUUUUCCAGAACCCCUUGGAACCCGUAUUCUCAGCACGUGAUGAUGGUAAAUCCAUACUUGACGUACCAGACAGUUUCUAUACCGAGCAAUAUGCCGAAGUUAAGGAGGACAUUCAAAAUCGUUUUGGCGAGGAAGUCGAUGUAAAAAUACCCGUUCGUGAUGUGCGACAAAAACCAAGCUUAGACUUUGCUAAACCACUAGGCAAACGGCAACAAUUCUCUCUCUUCUAUGCACCACAUCGUCGCAUCGCCGCACAACUCAUUCAAUUGCUGCUAGGACCCGCAAACGAGGAGGAUUUCAUUGCCAUGGCCGCCUAUGUAAGGGACCGCGUCAAUGCAUUCCUCUUUCAGUAUGCCUUUUCGGUAGCAGUACAGCAUCGCAAGGAUACCGGUAACUUUCAAGUGCCAGUGAUUGUGGAGCAGUUUCCACAAAACUUUGUUGAACCAUCAGUGUUUCAAGAUGCACGCGCGGAGGGCAAGCUUGUCGCCGAUCCCGGAAAUCGCCGCCGCAUAGAGAUUCCACAAAACUUUACCGCCUCUGACCGUGAGGAAGAGCAACGUCUGAGUUACUUCCGCGAAGACAUUGGCGUGAACAGCCAUCACUGGCAUUGGCAUUUGGUAUACCCCGGUUCAGGACCCGAAGAGGUGGUGCGCAAGAAUCGGCGCGGCGAACUCUUCUAUUACAUGCAUCAUCAGCUUAUGGCGCGUUACAAUGUGGAGCGCUUUUGCAAUAAUUUAGCCAAGCUACAACCACUAAACAACGUACGCGAACCCAUAACCGAGGGUUAUUUCCCGAAAAUUUUGUGCAGUCUUAAUAAUCGCACCUAUCCGGGGCGUGUGGCCAAAACGCAGUUGAAGGACAUCGAUCGCGACGGACGUGUGAUGGAAUUGGCUGAUAUUGAGCGCUGGAUCAACCGCAUAGUACAAGCUAUCGAUCAAGGUUAUGUAACACAUGCAAGCGGUGAAAACAUUCCUCUGGAUGAAGUUAAAGGCAUCGACUUACUUGGCGACAUUGUCGAGUCUUCCGAUCUCUCCGUCAACCCUGGCUUCUAUGGUGAUUUGCACAAUCAAGGCCACAAUGCAAUUUCAUUCUCACACGACCCGGAUAAUCGUUUCUUAGAGGAUUUCGGCGUAAUGGGCGAUGUAACAACCGCCAUGCGUGAUCCGGUAUUCUAUCGCUGGCACGGUUAUCUUGAUAUGCUUUUCAAUCGUUUUAAGGAGAAGUUGCCAGACUAUAGCGAACCUGAGCUGGGCUAUGAUGGCGUAUCAGUCAUACGCGCCGACGUGCGCAUCAUGAGCGCCUCGAAGAAUAUCAUAAACUCAUUGGUAACUUACUGGGAAAAAUCUGAUGUGGACUUGGCCGCCGGUCUGGACUUUGGCCCAGGUGGCAGUAUUUAUGCUUUAUUCACCCAUUUGCAACACUCACCGUUCGAGUACAUGAUUGAGGUGAACAACGAGACUGGUGCGGUUAAGCGCGGUACCUGUCGCAUUUUCCUCUGCCCGAUCACUGAUGAGCGUGGCACGCCAUUAAGUCUAAAUGAGCAACGUCAAUUGGCAAUAGAGCUUGACAAGUUUACUGUGAAUUUGAUGCCUGGCGUUAACAGAAUCAACCAACCCUACGACAAUUCCAGUGUCACCAUACCGUACGAACGAUCCUUCCGUCGCAUUGGCAACGCCCAUUUGCCUGACGAUCCUCGAAAGUUGGCAGAAUUCCGUUUCUGCGGUUGUGGCUGGCCUGCACAUAUGUUGCUACCAAAGGGCAAACCCGAAGGAAUGCAAUUCGAAUUGUUUGUUAUGAUCUCGAACUAUGAUGAUGAUGCAGUGCUGCAGAAAAACAAUGCCCCGGACGUUUGCGGUGAUGCUGCCUCGUUUUGCGGCCUUAAGGACAAAUUCUAUCCCGACAAGCGUGCUAUGGGCUAUCCAUUCGACAGGCGCUUGCCAGCUGAUACUUUGACUGCGUUGACUGACCACUUUAGCAACAUGCAAAAGACACCGAUCAAGAUACUAUUCCGUAAUGAAGUUAUUGAAAGGAAGCGCAGUUGAGAAGGGCCAGGAAGUCUCAUCCCAAACGCUUAGAAGCUAUGAACUUGAAGCUAAAAUUACUGGAAGUGAUAACGGAUUUUCGCACCUACUAUUGUUCUAAGAGAAAAUAAGUUGUUUUGCUAUUCACAACCUUAUAGAUAUUGUUUUUAAUUCUUUAAUUAUUUCUAUUAACCAGAGAUAUGCGAAGCAUCAAGUAAAGUUCUACUGCAUAUUUUGUCAAAAUUAUUUUUCCUUAUACUACACUUAUACAAAUAUAU